AUGUUUUACGUGAUGGCCAAACUUCUUUGGAACUAUCCAAAUUUACGUCGCGUGGUUUGGAAUUACUCCGAAAAAGGGCAUGGAAAGGGAGCUCCAGAUGGUGUGGGGGGAGUAUUAAAAAGAACUGCUGAUCAAAUUGUUGCUCAAGAGAAUGACAUCCCAAAUAUUGAAGCCUUAAUCAGCCAUCUUAAAAUUAGAUGCCCGGGUGUUUCCAUAGAGGAAAUUGUAGAAUCAGGCAUUUUAGAAAAGGAAUUAUUGAUCCCUUCAGAUCUAAAAGAAUUUCGUGGUACCAUGGCAGUGCACCAAGCUAUAUGGAGCUGCAAUAAUCCUGAAGUAUUAGCCAUAAGGCGUCUUAGUUGUGAUAUGGGAAUAUGCUCUGAAGAAUCAGUGCAAUGUUCACAUGGACAACAUAUUGGCUUCUAUAUCAUUGGGAAUACAGCUUUAAGCAACAAUACUUAUCCAUCAAAAAUGAGGAAAAAGAAUGCUACAGCUGAGUGCAGUAGAAUAUCUUUUGGAAUUUCCAUUUAUAAACCAGACCAUGGACUGGAUGAAAUUUCAGUCGAAGACCGCCCUGACAUUAAUAUACCGUCUGAUGACAGCUUCUGGACUGAUGUUUCUUCAAUGAAUAAAAAUUUAACAUCUACCACCAUGACCAAAACCGUAUUAACAGCCCUCCAUUGUGAAGAUGAUGAUUCCAGCUCAGAUUACAACAUUUUUUAG